CCUUCAUUGGUCUCAUUAGCUCUGGUUUCACUAUAAUUGACUUUUCCGUUUCAGGAGAAUAUUAACGCGACACGAAUACCUGUGAAAUGGCUUCCUUGGAGGGUGUCCACACUAGGAGGGAGGAAUGGGAAUUAUGACAAGUCGGACAAAAUCGGAUAAGGGGAGGGGGGGGGUUGAACUUCAAUGGACGUCCGAUUUCAUUAAAUUUUAUGAAUAAUAAACUGCAUAAACUAUAUAAAGUGAUAAAGAUUUUAAGAGUUGAGUUUUGUUGGAUGUUCGAAGGGAGAGGGUUACGUAAACUUGGUCAAACUGAGAAAAGAGGGGGGGAGUAAAAAUUGUUAAGAAAAAUGCGGACGUAAUUUGUGGACACCCCCUUAUCGUCCGCACCUCAUCCCAAUGAAUUCUUACCUGUUGGGUCUUUAGGUCCCACAUUUAUAAACAGAUCUUGCCACUUACAUUGUGAUGAGUCAGAAUCACAGACAUGUCAGGCCGUAACUGGACAUCUUCCAAGGUGUCUACAAUGAUUGAAUCACCCGUCUGAGACUGUGCAACAUGACAGCAAUCACAUCGAACGUAUCACCUAAAAAGCUUUUUCACUUAUGGUGCGUGACUUAUGGGACCCCCUAAUUAAUAGUGUGUACAGUACUAUGUUUAAAAUAUCAGAGUUACAAAAUAACAUUAGGCUAUGGUAAUUGCGAGUUUACAAUAAUUUCUAUAUUUCGUUAACAAUUCAUUUGUUAAUUAAAUAUAAUCAUAAACGACGAUUUUAACACUGACUGAUCAAGUUACUUCAUUCCUAUUCUAUGACCUAAUUUUGAUUAAUUAAAGACUUCUCAUGCCCGUUGACUCAGACUUAUUCUAUUCACAGAUGCAAUUGAUAGUUUCGAUAUAAUAAAUUCAGAAUUUUUCAGUAUUCUUAAAGUAUUGCAUUAUUUUAUAGUUAUAUUUACGAUCUAUUAUGACCUGCUAGAACUUCAAGUUGCCUAUUCUACUUCUCCCACGCCCACGGUCGACCUUUGACAUGGUAACAGGUUGUCUUACGUCAUCAGGAUGUUCGUUAGUUAAAUGUAAGUGUAGUAUUCUUUCUAUGGAAUGGGAAGACGAGCGAAAAUGCAUGGUGAAAACGAAAUGUCAAACGACACAAGCAUAAAAGAAAAAUUUAAGAACACAAGUUGCUGCACCUGGAUAUUUCCUUGGUUCUUUAUCUAUUCUCUUUCCAGAUUAAUCAUUUAUUUAUAUAAAAUAUAUCAAGAUUGUUAUGCAGUAUCUACCUAUUACAGAGGGGGUGACAUUAAUUAUUGCAUCAUCUCAAUUUUUUGUUUUCUGGUUCCAGCUUUUAGUUAUGUAGUGUACUUAAUCUUUGCUAAUAUAAUCCAAGAAGAAAAGGUCAAAAUAACAACUGCAAUAACCAAUAUAAUAUAUGGAUUAUUAUUAAUUCCUUGGCAAAUUAAAAGCAUUCUUGAAGUUUUGGGAUUUUCAACUCAAAGAAUAUGUCAAAGAAAAGGUCUGUCUGAAGAUGAAAAAAAAGAAUAUAAUCUUAUAGAACAUCAAGCCAUGGUUCUUGAAUUUUUUGAAGACUUCUUUGCUGGGUUUAUUCAACUUGCUUUACAGUUAUAUAUAAUAAUAAUGAGUCUAGAUGAUCCUUCAUUUAAUUCAAAAAUAUUGAAAGAAGAAAUAAUUUCAUCAAGUUUAAUAAUUAUUUCCAUGAUAACAGCUGUUAGAAGAAAGGACGAUGGUUGGUUAACAACAUUCUUUUCGUUUAUUGGUUGGACAUUAAUUGCAACAUCUAGAACACUGAUCAUUGCAUUAACUGCAACAAUAAUCCAUGGAGGAAUUGUUGGCCUUUGCCUUUUUCAUGCAUUAAUUAUUACUAUUUGGUUAGUUCCAAUUUGUUGGAGAAGUUAUACAGAAACUGAAUUAUCCAAUAAAAAAAAAUUAUCUAUUAUUUUUAUAAUAUAUGUUAUAUUUGGACUACCUUCUUUAAUAUUCUGGCCUAUCCUGUUUCAACUAAAGGAAAAUAAACGUCCUUUCAUUUUUAUGGUAAUUAUAGGUUUGGAAAACAUUGCAUUAUUUUGUAUUUGGUAUUUCUUAAGAGAAAAUAAACAAUGGACUAUAAACAAUACUUACUUUACUGCUGUUAUUGGUGGAGGAUCAGUUAUCGGAUUUAUCUUCAUUAUGCUUUAUAUAUUUAUAAAACCAAAAUAUACAGAUCAAAUUGUUUUGCAUGACAUGAAAGUAGAGAAUGCCAGUUCAUUUGGAAUGUAUUUUGAAUUUUGUGAUGCAGCAUUUAAUCUUCCAGUUUCUCAAUGGAUAAAUUUAAAUCUUCAACAAAUAAGACAAUCAUAGUUAAAGUUUUAAAUUAAUAUUUUUAUAUGAUCUCUCUUAAAAAUAAUAAUUUUUGUAAUCUGGUCAUAAGCUUAAUAUUAUAA